AUGUCCAGGUUCAAAUUGAUUGAGGUUUCAAUACCUCAUCUCGCAUAUAUUCUUUUGGGCGGAUUUAUCGUCUUCUUUGGCAUGUUCUCGCUGUUCAUUCGGGAGAAGUUGUACAUCGGGGAAGCAUGCUGGGCGUUUCUCUUCGGUGUCAUCAUCGGGCCCUACUGUGCAAAUAUAUUCGACCCUCGGGAUUGGGGCGGAGGAGAUAUCGCAACGACAAACACCAUCGUGAUUGAAUUUACGCGAGUUGUCCUGGCCAUCGGCGUCUUCGCCAUAGGCGUGGAACUGCCGAAAGCGUACAUGGCCAGGCACUGGAAGAGCCUCUUCUUUCUUCUCUUCCCUGUCAUGACAUGGGGCUGGUUUGUGUCAGCUGGCCUCAUAUAUGCGCUAAUACCAGGACUCAAUUUCCUCUCCUCCUUGGCAGUGGCAGCCUGUCUCACACCUACUGAUCCUAUCCUUGCUGCGGCCGUUGUCGGUGGCAAAUAUGCAGACAAACAUGUUCCUGCACAUCUAAGGCAUCUCCUUGCCGCGGAGAGCGGCUGCAAUGACGGAGCUGCUUUCCCAUUCCUAUUCAUCGCGUUGUACCUCACCAUAGAUAAAAAUACAGACAACGCCAUCAAAGAUUGGUUUCUGUUAUUAUGGCUAUACCAGAUCGCCGUUGGUAUCAUAUUCGGCGCCGUGCUUGGCUUUGGAUUCAGAUAUCUCAUGAAAUUCUGCCAACGCAAGGAUCUCAUUGAUCGGCAAUCAUAUGUUGCACAAUACGUCUCGCUUGCAAUGCUCACUAUCGGCGCAAAUACGCUACUCGGCGCAGACGACUUGUUGGCAGCUUUUUCGUGCGGAACUGCCUUUGCAUGGGAUGGUUUCUUCAACAAGCAGACGGAGGAAGCUGUGUUUUCAUCUGUUAUCGAUCUACUCUUCAACAUUGCUGCGUUCAUAUUCAUUGGCGCAUGGAUGCCCUUCGACGAUUUUUCCGAUGCCACGUUGACGUUGACCCCUUGGCGAUUGAUCGUGAUCGCGAUUCUCAUCCUACUGUUGAGGAGGCUGCCGGUGAUGAUCGCUCUGUAUAGAUGGAUUCCGGAUGUGAAGACACUCCAGGAGGCCAUCUUCAGUGGACACUUUGGCCCUAUGGGCAUUGGUGCCGUAUUCAUCGCCACCCUUGCUGUUGAACAGCUGCCGGAACCUGAAUCGCCGCCAGCCACUCAGGCCCAGAUGCUUGCGGCAUCCAUCCAGCCUAUCGUUGCAUUCAUGGUCCUCUGCUCUAUCACGAUACAUGGCCUGUCCAUCCCAUUCUUCUCGCUUGGACGCCGCGUGCAUUCUGUCUCGCGCACUUGGUCGCGGCAUGACACAUUCGGUACACUCGGUGGACGCGUGUUGCCUGAGUGGACGACACAAACCCGCCCCGUCGUCGCUGGUGAAGACAUUGUCAUCAAUCGCGAUCGCGAAAGCGCGAUGGAGGCUGGAGUGCUACCGCCGCAUGAAAAAGGACGAAGACCAGAGUCAUAUGAGAUGAGGGAGGAGUCUACCACAACGCAAGACGAGAAGGAAGAGGGCUCAUCAAGAAGUCAGGAUGAGGCCGCCAUAAGACCGAACGGCACGGAUAUGAGGGAGGAGAACCUGCCAGAUGGCGAGGAGAACGUGCAGGAAUGGAGGGAAGGACAGAACAAGGUCGUUGAGCGGCGCAGAAGGCCCGGGGAAGAUGUAUGCCUCCACGUUAUGAUCAUGGUUGUCGCUAUUGCUCACGCUUAUAUCCAGGUUGAAGUCGAAGUGCAGGACAAUGCGUUCGGGCCCAAGUCAACAACCGCGGAGAGAAUCGAUGCGGCUGCGGGGGCUGCGGCGAACGCCGUGAAUGAAAUUAAGUCAAAGAUACGCCGGACACCGCGCGACCUCGAAAACGCACUUCAUGAUGUUGAACAUGACAUUGAAGAAGGGACAGAGCAAUUAGGACACAGAAUCGAGGACGCGGAGCAGGCGGCUGCCAACAAAGUCAAACGUGUAGCUGGUGUACAGGACCAGGACGAGGAGGAGGGCUGGAUGUCCGAUGCGAGCGAGGGAGACGUGCAUGGCUCGGCAUCUUCUGACGGGCGCAAGCGUGCGAAGAAGUCGACCAGGUCGCCGCCAACACGACUAAGCCAGGGGGGUUCACGUCGACGAACCUCCAUGCGUCGACGUGUGCUGAGUCCUCGUGUGUCCCAACAACGGUCGCGAAGCGAGGAUACAUUGUCUACCGUGGAUCGCCAUGAUGAUGGCGGCUAUGAAGCUGGUACGGAGGCGUCUGAAGGGGAACGCGGCCGACGUCCACCUCAUACCAGCAGCACGUCGUCAGUGCCACGUGCGGGACAUGCGCGCAUAGAAUCCCUGUGUUCCAUGGACUUGCGACUACAAGGACGUGAUCAGUCUCCUGCACGGUCGCUGCGAUCUGUGCACUUCGCAGAUGAAUACCGGGGCAAUCAUACGCCCUCUAUCUUACGCUCGCCUUCCUUUCCGGCAACGCCGUCCCCAGGAAGCGAGGCUCCGUCUGAGGGUGAAAACGAAUCACCCUCUCCAAGCGUUCCUGAGACGCCUCGGAAUGGUCAGGUCAGAUUUUCUCUGCCCGAUCAUAACGAGAGGCGGUAG